AUGUUGUCCCCGAACGGAUACUGCCAGAAAGCCACGGCACCCAGCAUCUGGUCCUUUGAUUCCGGAUAUGCGUCGAACAGUUUGUUCGAGGAAGAGGGAGGCCAAAACGGAGCUUCAUCACGCGAAGACCAUCAACCUCAAAUCCAAGAGCCAUCGGGAUUGGGAUGGAGUGGAUUUUGGAAUGCGCAUGUGGGCAACCGCUUCCAAGUGAAGCGAGAAGAGCCAGCUAUUGAACCCGUCCUCGCCAAGCUUAAUGUCUUCACGACUAAAGACACCUCCAAUGAUGACUUUCUCCUUCCCGAAAUACCGAGCGAUGGCGAGACUUGCCUCGAGUGCGAGCUCUGGAAGAUCACGAACCCGGGCGAUAAUACCAAGUGCGAACAGUGCCGAGUGCCCGAAAUUAUUGAACCCAUGUCACUCUUUCUGGACAAAUCCAAGUGCAAAGCACUAAUCCCGCCCCUAGCAGUUCCGGACGCGACAUACGGCAAGGAAAUCGAACAACUCCGUAGGAAGACUCGCUGCUCCGCCUGCGAACUCUCGGCCCUCAUCGACCCGUGCGGCUCCAUGUCCUGCCCUAGCUGCUCUGCAAAUCCUGGCUUCUUAUCCCCCAUCUCCCCCUCAACUCCGCAUUACAAAGUCAAACGCUCCCGCGCUGGUCGUAACUCUAAACUACCUCUCACGGCCCUGAACCGUCUUCAAGCUUGGCUUGAUGAUAACAAGGACGACCCGUAUCCUAGCGCCGAAACGAAGAGACUGUUGGCUCAAGAGUGCGGAAUUACCGAGAAGCAGGUAACAACGUGGUUUACGAAUGCGAGAGCACGACAGCUAAAUGCGCUGGAGACAUAUUUGUCAAGUGGAAGCGAGGACGAAGGCGCAAAGGAAAGCGACAUCGUGAGUGCAGCGGAUACGCCAGCUUACAACACUGGUGGAUUCACCUACAUAUCCGACACAAAGUAUCGUAACCGUGCAGCCUCAGUCUCCAGCACGUUCUCCACCUCCAACAACCACCCACGACCUUCACGACGAGGAAGGAAGAAGGACUUCCGGCGCAACAACCAGUCACCGCAGGACCUCUCAUUGUUAUCACCAACUUCGAUCACUUCCCCUACCGUCCCAGCAGCCCAGACGGACCAAGAGAUGUGGCAGUGCACAUUCUGUUACCGGUCCCUUGUACCCAAGUCCUGGCGACGUCACGAAGAGACACAGCAUCGGCCCAAAGCACAGUGGACGUGUAUGCUGUACGGCCCGCGUCUUAACUUCCCCGGUCGCUCAAAUUCAGGGUCUGUCUGUGCAUUCUGCAUGGCGAAGAAUCCAUCGGAGGAACAUUUUCUGCAAAACCACCGGAUUGAGGACUGCGCGAAGAGGGAUAUCGGAGAUCGAACGUUCUUCCGACCGGACCACCUACGCCAGCAUAUCAAGAAUUUCCAUGGGGCAAGCCUCUCCGAUAUCGCCCAAAUGCGAUGGAAGAGCGCUGCUGAGAGUGAAGAGAAGGGUUGGAUCUGCGGAUUCUGUGAGGAAGGACUGGAAACUUGGGACCAGAGAGAGACCCAUAUCGCAAAUCACUUCAAAGAGGGGAUGACGAUAGCGUCCUGGAUAGACUACUCGGCAAGCGAGAAGAAACAGGGGAAGAAGAAUAAGGGAAAGCAAGAGAGAGAGACUGAGAACGAUCAUCCACAUGGUCUCGCCCGCCUCAGCCGCACGUUCACUCGUCGCUCGACCCGGUCCUCCCAAAACUCGCAAGCACAGGUACGUAUUGUGCAGCACACAUACCAGCAUGUCUCAGGUUGGGCUCAGCAAAACUACCCCUAG